AUGUGAAUAAAGUGCUGCUAACUAGCUGUAGUGUUAGCUGAAGCGUCUGAUUAAACUGUUAGUUGAUGAUGAAGUGUGUGUGUGAGGUCUAAAAGCUAGCUUUUAGGCUAAAAACAUUAGCUAGCUUGGUCGACAUUUUCUGCUGAGACAUGUUUCUAUUAUCUAUCUUGCGUGUAUAUGUAUUGCACUGAAAUAUGUAUGUAUAUAUGUAUAAAUAAAGCAGGAUGUUGUUUGAAUUUGUGACGUCAGUGAUAUUGGUAUGAAUUGUAGGUAUUAUACCCGUUUAUAUAGCAGUAAAUAAAUAAAUCAGCACUGCUGAUGAUGCUGACGCUCUGAUGCUGAUGCGCCACGGUCACCUUCAUGAAUCCUGUAAGGCAUCUCAUUUCAUUUCAUCUCAUAUUUCCCGAGAUCUGAGGGUCAGCUGUGGUUAUAUACGAGUUGGAAUCCAGGUAAGGGAGUGAUGUGAGGUAUAAAAGGUUGUUUGGUUGCGGUUCAGAGUCUUGCUGCAUUGCAGGGUGUGGGGAUGGAGGCAGGAGGGAGACACCUAGAGGCUGCGCAGAGAAGCGCAGCUCUGAAGGAAAUCCUUUUGUUUUUAUUUGUAUUUUUUUAUUUUACUUACAAAUUCUGCGUACUCAGGAUCUUGGUGGUGUUCAGCACGUUUGCCUCACAACUCCAGGAAGAUAUUUGCAUGCACUGCAUCUGGUCUUGCGUCUACAGCGAGCAGAGCGGAGAGCGUGCUGGUCCCAGUGUGAUUUCUACUCCACCAAACAUGCACUUUGCCACAGAAGAGCAGUACUGACUCUGGGAGGAGAGUGAUGAUGAUGUAACACAACCCCUGAUGGAUUCGUGACCUCCAGAGUUUCUGUUUCACUCUUUCGCUUUCCUGUGUUUCCGCCCAUCCAUCCUGCUUUAAAAUGCCUGAUGUGAACAGGCCCAGAAUCUCAUUAUGGUUUGUUACAGAGCUAAACUUGAUGUUCCCCAGAGGACAGGCAAUCUAAUCUCGUCAGAGCUGGGCCUGGAAAUGUGAUAUUUGAGCUGAAUGUCACUUGAAUUAAUUUAAUAAGCAUCAAAAUAAAUAAAGGAUAUGCUCGGGUUAUUUGUGUUAUGUAGAGUCAGACAGAGCGUGUGUUUUUUUUUUUUGGUUGGUUUUGCUAUUAAGCUGUGUUCAGGAGAUCUAGAUAUGUAUCUACAUCCUGUCUCGUUCUCUUUGUCUCUCCAGCGGCUGUUUGCGAGCGUGAGCGGUCUCAGGCCAUGUCCACUAUGGUGUACCCGAGGGAGGAGGCUCUGGAGCGGCUGAGUCAGGAUGAGAUCGUGCUGAACACGAAGGCGGUGAUUCAGGGGCUGGAGACACUGCGAGGAGAGCACGCUCAGCUCCUCAACUCCCUGCUGGACUGCACUCCUCCCCCCGCCGCACAGGAGAAGUCUGGCCUGCUCCGCAAGAGCCUGGAGGCCAUCGAGCUGGGCCUGGGGGAGGCGCAGGUGAUCAUCGCACUGUCUGGUCACCUGAGCGCCGUGGAGUCGGAGAAGCAGAAGCUGCGUGCUCAGGUGCGGCGUCUGUGCCAGGAGAACCAGUGGCUGCGGGACGAGCUGGCCAGCACCCAGCACAAGCUGCAGAAGAGCGAGCAGAACGUGGCCCAGCUCGAGGAGGAGAAGAAGCACCUCGAGUUCAUGAACCAGAUACGCAAGUUCGACGACGACGCCACGCCCUCCGAGGAAAAAUCCGGAGAAAAAGAAAAGGACAGCCUGGACGAUCUGUUCCCCAACGACGAUGAUCACGGACCAGCCCAGCGCAGCGGCGAGGCAGCAGCACAGCAGGGAGGAUACGAGAUCCCGGCUCGGCUCAGGACGCUGCACAACCUGGUGAUCCAGUACGCCUCCCAGGGAAGGUACGAGGUGGCUGUGCCGCUGUGCAAACAAGCUCUGGAGGACCUGGAGAAGACCUCGGGCCACGACCACCCCGACGUCGCUACCAUGCUCAACAUCCUCGCGCUCGUCUACAGGGAUCAGAACAAGUACAAAGAAGCGGCGCACCUGCUGAACGAUGCUCUGGCAAUCCGCGAGAAGACCCUCGGGAAGGACCACCCCGCCGUGGCCGCCACCCUCAACAACCUGGCCGUGCUGUACGGCAAGAGGGGCAAAUACAAGGAAGCCGAACCUCUGUGCAAGAGGGCGCUGGAGAUCAGAGAGAAGGUUUUGGGGAAGUACCACCCCGACGUGGCGAAGCAGCUGAAUAACCUGGCGCUGCUGUGUCAGAACCAGGGAAAGUACGAGGAGGUGGUGUACUACUACAGCCGCGCACUCGAGAUCUACGAGAGCAAGCUGGGGGCCGACGACCCCAACGUGGCCAAGACCAAAAACAACCUGGCCACGUGCUACCUGAAGCAAGGCAAGUUUAUGGACGCCGAGGCGCUGUACAAGGAGAUCCUGACCCGUGCCCACGAGAAGCAGUUCGGCUCCGUCAACAACGACAACAAGCCCAUAUGGAUGCACGCCGAAGAGAGAGAGGAGAGCAAGGGCAAGAAGAAGGACUCUGGUCCGUACGGUGAGUACGGCAGCUGGUACAAGGCCUGCAAAGUGGACAGUCCCACAGUCACUAACACACUGAGGAGCCUGGGGGCGCUGUAUCGCCGGCAGGGCAAGCUGCAGGCCGCCGAGACUCUGGAAGAUUGUGCUACAAAGAACCGCAAACAGGGCAUCGAUGCGAUUAACCAGAGUAAGGUGGUGGAGCUGCUGAAAGACGGCACCCCUGCUGGAGAUAAGCGGCACGGCAGGGAGGGGCCGAACGGUUCUGGAGGUCCUCGUGACUCUGAGGGAGACGAGGCUGAGUGGAGCGGGGACGGGAGCGGCUCUCUGCGGCGCAGCGGCUCCUUCGGGAAGAUCCGAGACGCUCUGAGACGCAGCAGCGAGAUGCUGGUGAAGAAACUGCAGGGCAGCGGCCCGCAAGAGCCUCGCAACCCGGGGAUGAAGAGGGCGAGCUCUUUGAACUUCCUCAACAAGAGUGUAGAGGAGACCUCACAGGUGAGCACGUGGACGUGGACACACACACACGCAUACAGUUUUGUGUGUUGUAAGGAUGACGCUUCUUCAGAGCUUCACGAACCUAUAUUCUGUGUUUUCAGGAAGUAAACAGUGGCCUGUCAGAAUGUCGAGGACUGAGCACCAGCAACGUGGACCUUUCAAGACGAAGCUCCCUGAUUGGUUAGAGAGUGCGGUCGGGGUUAUUAAAGAGGAGCGGAGCAAAGCAGACACGCUGUUUGCGUUGUGCAUUCAAAUCAGAACAAUGUUAUGUUAUGUCAUUUAAAAAAAAAAAAAAAAUUCCACCAGUCUUUAGUUUGACAGCCAGUGCGCUACCAAAUAGCUGUGUCUGCUUUGCUUUGUUAAACUGCACUGAUCAGACUGUUGACGCACAGCGGGUAGAGAGAUAGAGAUAGAGUUCCAGUUCACCGCCCUCAGUUCUUUCAGUCCACGGCCAGCCUGUUUUCCUGAAAAUCCAACCAUGCGGUUAACGCAAUACAGCAUGCUGCUUACUCCACUGGACGCGUGUCUGCAUUCGAGACCCUUACUCGCAUCUCCGAGACAUGGCAUGGUUUAAAAAAAAGGUUAUACAUCAUAUAAGGAAUGGUUAGUAUGUGUAACUGCAAGCAUUAACUUUAACUAUCUGUGAUCAGAAUGUUUUGUACUUGACUAGAGGCACAGAUAAUGCUGAUGUGGCUCCUCACACCCAAAAAAAUCACGAGUGGUACGAAGCUGGUGUGUUUCGUCAUGGAUGAACAAAAUGCCAGGAUGGAAAUGUGUUUUUUUUUUUUUUUUAAAUUUUAUUUAUUUUAAGUAAAGCGCUGAAAUGAACAGAAAGUAGUGUUGUGGUUGAGGUAAAGCCUCUCUUUUGCCUUCCUGUUGUUGUUUUUUUUCUUCUCCUUUCUGUAUAUACAGGUUUAACUUAUUGAAAUUGUUGUUUCCUUCUUUGUAAAUAACCACACAUGGUUUUGUUUACAUAGUAGGAAGUAGAUGACUUGAUGAAGUAGAUGAACUGUUAAAGAAACACUGGGCUUUGUUGCUUGUUUCACAUGCCGUGUGAACAGAAGAGCUCUCGAAGGAUGCUGAAACUGGACCCAAGUCGUGUUCUGCUGAUUAUUUUGACAUUGUCCGUUAAUUUCCGAGUCUUGGUUAACGCCAGAAUUGUAUGAUGAAGUCAGAGUUUGUAUAUAAGUGUGUGUGUGUGUGUGUGUGUGUGUGGUUAUUUUUGCGGUACAAAACACCAUCAUGUAGCGUAUACGAGUUUGUGGUUUGGUUCGAUUUAUUUGCUCCAAACAGUGAUUGAUCUUUGAUUAGAACAUAUCUUCACUACGUUCGCUAAUUCAGCGUGCUCGUAAUUAUUUAUGCGUUUAUGUAAGAGCCAAAACAAAGAAGUCCUACAUCGCUGGCUUAUGUACUGUAUUCUUGUGUUGUGGUUGUCGGGCACGCAGCAGUGUUAUUGUACCUGCUGUGUCACUUGAGAGUUGGAUUUGACUGAACGAUUAGGGGAAAUGGAAAUUUUGUAUUAAAGGUGCAGUUUGUAAUCUUUUUUUGUGUGUGUAGAAGUGUUUCUACUAUAUUCAUAUAAACUCAGUUAUCUGUGAUGCAAAAUAAAUAUCUUUGUCAGGCUUCUAAUGACAUUUUUCUGGCCCUGAAAUUGACCCCGCCCCCAGAUAAACAUUGCCCUGCCCCUUCCAAGGCCUCACAGUGGUGUACAUAGUGUUAUACUACAGCGCUGUAGAAUUCUCAAAUCGGAACUUUUCUGUAACAUGGUACUUCCAGCUGUAAUUCAAAUCCCAGGAUUAUAUUAAUACGCUUGUUCUAAUAAGUCAUCGUUUCUAUAGUAACGGCUUGUUUACAGAGACCCGUGAACAAGCCGUUACUGCGUAGUUUAAGGCUAGUAAUGAAUGAAUGGAUUAAAACAUGUCGUUUUAGUAAGAGCAACAUGUAAUCGUUGAUAUUGUGUAGCUUUCUGUGUGGAGACAUUUUAUGGAAGGAGUCUCCAGUGUCGGUACGUUUUCCUCCAUGGGAAAGUCUUCAGGACCGAGGAACCGCUUUUUCGGUUUGUUUCUACCGCAAUUGACCUCGAACGAGAGGCCGAUGAAGGGGGUGUUCGCAUCACCUCGCAGCCAGCAGAGGGCGCUGAAAUAAAAUGACAAACUGCUCCUUUAAAUACACAACCAUCUCUUUUGGCUGA